AUCUUGAUUAAAAAGGGAAACUACCACAAAAUUAAAAAAGAAAAAGUAGAGUGACUAACUCAUGUGCCAUGGACUAUGCCAAUCCAAGAUUCCAAUUAUACGGCUAUCUAGAAAGUGGGAAUAGAAUAAAAGUGAAAUAUAUUUUGUAAUAUACUAAUGUUCAAUUAAAAAUUACUACUUAAAUAAAAUUUCUCUAUACAAAGAUAGAAACAAUGAAAAAGACCAUGAGGAGACAAUGUUGACAUUUCCCAAAGGCUCAUCCUAAUUGGUCUGCCCUAACAGCCAUGUACCACCUCUUUAAUUGAUUCCCAAAAUUUCUCAUAGACUUUGUCCCGCAAACAAACAAAAAACUAAGCCAAACUUUGGACCAGACAUUAAAGUGUUGUUAGGCAAUGAUGCCGAUUUUUUUUUGUUUUAUAUUUUAUGUUUUUAAAAAAUUUUGUUUUAUUUUAUUUUUGUUAAUUUGUUGAAAUUGAAAGCAUUUUUGAAAGUUCUGACGUUCCCAUAGAUUUUGUCCCACAAACAGAUAAAACCGAAGCAAACUAACACUGUCUGUCAGAAAACCAAUCAAAUCCCUCCACGUCAUCUUCCUCUUCGUUUAACCUUAAAGUCUUCUCUCUUCUGCUUUUUUUUUUUUUUUUUGUCAAAAAAACAAUGUCUAAGUGUUUCAGCCUCACUGCAACGCGGGACUGGUGCUACCGUCGCAGCUUCUCCAACGCUGGUCUCCGCUCAACAACGAUGGACCUCGGAGACGGCACCGUCAUGCACGUUUGGACCCCCAAAACCCAUAUCCAAUCCAAGCCCACGUUAGUCCUCAUCCACGGCAUAGGCGCCAACGCAAUGUGGCAAUGGAACGAUUUCAUUUCACCUCUCAUGUCCCGCUUCAACGUCUACGUCCCGGACCUCCUCUUCUUCGGCGACUCCUACACGACCCGAUCAGAACGGUCGGAGCAGUUCCAGGCCCAGUGUGUCAUGCGGGUCAUGGAGGCCCACGGGGUUACAGUUAUGAACGUUGUUGGGCUUAGUUAUGGUGGCUUUGUUGGUUAUAGUAUGGCAGCGCAGUUUAAGGAGAGAGUUGAGAAGUUGGUGCUAGGUUGCGCUGGGGUGUGUUUGGAAGAGAAAGAUAUGGAGGAAGGGAUCUUCAAAGUGAAGAGUGUGGAUGAGGCUAUUAGUAUUUUGUUGCCCCAAACGCCGGAUAAGAUAAGGGAGUUGAUGAAGAUUUCGUUUUAUAAGCCUGCUAAAGGACUUCCUUCUUGUUUUCUAAACGAUUUCAUCCAUGUAAUGUGCACAGAAAACCUUCAAGAGAGAAAAGAAUUGAUCCAUGCAUUACACAAGGACAGAAACCUGUCGGAUCUUCCAAAGAUCACCCAGCCAACACUAAUAAUCUGGGGAGAAUAUGACCAAAUAUUCCCUUUGGAAUUGGGACACAGAUUGAAAAGGCAUCUGGGAGACAAUGCAGAACUAGUGAUCAUAAAGAACGCAGGGCAUGCCAUCAAUGUAGAGAAACCAAAAGAACUAUACAAGCACUUCAAAUCUUUCCUUAUUGAUCUGCUCCUGCCUGCUAAACCGGGAAACUAUAUCAAUGGCGGAAAAACAGAUUGAAAGUUAAAUCACAUGCAAUCCUUCCCGACCAUUCAUAUUCAGAUGAAGACACUUGUUACAUAGAUUAAGCAUGCUUCUAGCAUUUGGAAUUUAUGUAUGAAUUCUCAAGCACAAUGGCAUUAAAGUUGCAGAAGAAAAUUUCAAAGAAUCAAAAGUAGAUUUGGCCGGUGACAUUGGUUUCCUUUUACUUCUCUGCAAAUGCCUAAUACCAGCAACUUGAAAAGUAUGAACUGGGAAGUUGUUUUUAGAACAGGACAUGACAUUUGAAGCUUGUUUUAGACAUUUAAUCUGUAGAACUCUUAGAUUCUUGCUCCAAAAUGAUUGUUCAUCUUUAUAUCAUCAACUUUUAUCCCUGCUAAAUUCAUUCAAGUUUUUAAUAGUCAUCUAUGUCUAUGUAUAUUAUUAAUUUUGUCAAUUUUCUUAGAUCUCU